CUGUCAUGCUGUCGGGUUUGAGCAUAGACACUGUGUUGCAUGGACGCCAUGCCGGGUGAGCAGCAGCAGCAGCAGGAACCAACCCACCGGCAGAUCCGCUUUGCUGAUGGGAGCAGCAAUGAAGCGGACAAAGAGAGCGAGGGCAGCGGGAGCCCAGAUUUGGAAAUACCCGAGGAGUGGCAGCAACAAGUGGGACCGCAACUCAAACUGCUGCCAAUGAACGACCAAAUCCGGGAGCUGCAGACCAUCGUCAGGGAUAAAACUACAAGCAGAGGAGAUUUUGUGUUCUCUGCAGACCGCUUGAUACGACUGGUGGUGGAGGAAGGGUUAAAUCAAUUGCCAUACACAGAAUGUACUGUAACAACUCCUACAGGUUACAAGUAUGAGGGUGUGAAAUUUGAAAAGGGAAACUGUGGCGUGAGCAUUAUGAGGAGCGGUGAGGCCAUGGAGCAGGGGCUUCGAGACUGCUGCCGCUCUAUACGCAUCGGGAAGAUCCUUAUUCAAAGUGAUGAGGAGACACAACGAGCAAAAGUUUACUAUGCCAAAUUCCCUCCAGAUAUUUACAGGCGGAAAGUUUUACUAAUGUACCCCAUAUUGAGCACUGGAAACACGGUUAUUGAAGCUGUGAAAGUUCUUAUUGAACAUGGAGUCCAGCCAGCCUGUAUCAUUCUGCUCAGUCUAUUUUCUACCCCACAUGGUGCCAUCUCCAUUAUCCAGGAAUUUCCAGACAUCACUAUUUUAACCACAGAAGUCCAUCCAGUUGCUCCUACACAUUUUGGGCAGAAGUACUUUGGCACAGACUAAAAAACUGACACCACUCCAUACCGGAUGACCAUGCAGUUAUGUUGACAUCAUGCGCUUUGCAGACUCUACAUCUUGGAAAAAGCUUUAAAAUAUGCAAAAACAAAUUUGUACAGCUUCACCUUUUUUUUUUUUCUUUUUUUUUUAUGCUUUUUACUCGGGCAGAGCCACCAAUGACGGGCUCCGGUGUUUUUACUUGAUUUUAAAUCUUUCAGACCCUUUAAGUGUUUAAUGGCACAUUCCACUCCGAAGCAUCUUGCAAUGGUGUGCUGAGGUGUUAAGGGCAUCAAAAUUAUUUAUUUGUAUUACUGUUACAGAAUGUACCAAUAAAUCAGUAGUGUGCUUGA